AUGAACCCGAUUGGAGGAGGCAUGGUUCCGUUCGAUCCGGAUGACUCGGCCAGCGUUAGCACUCGCUGGAAGAAAUGGAAGCGAAUGUUCGAGAUAUUCUUGGACGUCAACAACGUCCAGCUGCCGUCUAGAAAGAAAUCGUAUCUCUUGCACUGCGCCGGAGAGAGCGUCCAGGAUAUCUACGUGAGUCUCGUUGGAGAGCAAGAGCCACCAGUUCCCGAUGGAUCGGACGUGUACAAGGAGGCGAUUCGUGUGCUUGACGAACAUUUCCUGCCGAUGAAGUGCUUGCCGCAGGAGCACCACUUCUUCCGAAACUUGGAGCAGGGACCGGACGAGAAGAUAUCCAGGUUUGUGCUUCGCUUGCGAGAGCAAGGAAAUCUGUGUGAGUAUGGCGGCUGGCUCGAAGAAAACAUCAAAGAGCAAAUCUUUGAAAAAGGAAAAUCGGACGAGCUUCGGGCCAAAAUACUUCAGAAGCCAAACAUGACCCUGGAGGAAACACUCAACGAAGGCCGAGCCCUGGAAACAAUCGAGAAGGUGCGGCAGGAACUGCACCGCAGUGGUCAACAAGGUCACGAGCUGUGCCCGGCGAAAAACACGAAGUGCAGGAAGUGCGGAUUGGUGGGGCACUUCUGGCGCUGUUGCAACACCAAGGCGAAGCACGGAAAGCAGCGAAAGGUGCAGCAGGUGGCCCAAGAGCCGCCGGAACCGGAAGAAGAAGCGGAUGACGUAUACGACUCGGACGACACUGUUAGUAACGUGGAUCAACAAGAAGUCCGAUACGUCUUUGCUGCAAGUACGGAGGAUGCUGCGGGAGAAAAAGUUGUUUGCUGUAUCGGAGGAGUGAAGAUCAAGUGGGUCGUAGAUUCUGGAGCUGGAGUGAACGUGAUGGACAACGCAACCUGGACCUACCUCAAGCAACGGAACGUCAAGGUGAUCUCGCAAACGAAGGAGCCGCAAACAACGCUCAAGGCCUACGGCAACAACAGCCUCAAGGUUUUGGGACAAUUUCGAGCCAGCAUUGCUACGAAGAACCACGAGACGAUCGCUGACGUGUUCGUGGUGGAAGAUUAUGGUGCGAGCCUGCUGAGCAAGACUACGGCGACGGAGUUGCAGAUUUUGAAGAUCAACACGGACGUGUGGAGUGUUAGCCCGGCGGAGAACGCAAUCGGCAAGAUCACGGGAAUCGAAGUUCACCUGCAGAUCGAUCCACUGGUGAAACCGGUCCAGAUCACCAAGUGCCACAUCCCAAUUCCGCUGCAGGAAAAAGUGGAACGAGAAAUCGAUCUUUUGCUGGCACAGGACAUCAUCGAGGUGGCACCGAUUGAUUCACCGUGGAUUUCCCGUUUGGUAGUUAGCCCGAAAGCCGGUGAUCCGUCUGCCGUUCGACUGUGCGUUGACAUGCGUGCCGCCAACAAGGCCAUUGUUCCACAGCAUUUUCCGCUGCCAACGUUCGAGGACAUUGUUCCACAUCUUCGAGACUGCAAGUGGUUUUCGAAGAUCGACUUGAUCAAAGCGUUCCACCAGGCGGUUCUGGCACCAGAUUCACGGUACAUCACCACGUUUGCCACCCACCACGGCUACUACCGGUACAAACGGCUGCUAUUUGGCAUGAACAUUGCGUCGGAGGUGUUCCAGAGCAUCAUGGAGCGCGUACUGAAGGGGAUUUCCGGAGUGAAAGUCUUUAUCGACGACAUUCUGGUGUUUGGAUCAACGAAGCAACAACACGACGCUGCCCUCAAGGCAGUGAUGCACCGCUUGACGAGCCAUGGAAUCACCGUGAAUCCAAAAAAGUGUUUCCUCGGAAAAUCUGAGGUGACGUUCAUGGGCCAUGUGCUGUCCGCUGACGGAGUUCGACCAACCUUGGACAAAGUGGAGGCGAUCAAGCGAUUGCGGGAGCCGAAGACGCCGGAGGAGGUGCGCAGUUUUCUUGGGAUGAUCACCUAUCUUGGCCGUUUCAUCCCGGAACUGUCAACGCUGACUUCACCGCUGCGAGAACUACUCCGGAAAGACUCGGAGUUUGUCUGGGGCCCGUCGCAACAGCAGGCGUUCCAGAAACUCAAGGAGCUACUCAAGGAUGCCAAGAAUCUGGGAUAUUAUUCUCCACACGACAAAACUAUUGUGAUUGCGGACGCUGGUCCUACCGGGCUCGGAGCAGUUCUGAUUCAGGAGAAGGAUGGGCGAAAAAGAGUGAUUUGCUACAUCAGCAAAGGGCUCUCGGAUGCGGAGAAGUCGUAUGCCCAGAACGAGAAGGAAGCGUUGGCGUUGGUGUGGGCUGCUGAACGGCUGCAAAUUUACUUGCGUGGGUUGACAUUCCUUCUCCUCACUGAUAACGAACCGCUGAAAGUGAUAUUCGGACCAAACCACGUCUCCUGUCCAAGAAUUGAUCGUUGGGCCAUGCGACUGCAAUCGUUCAGGUUCACCGUUAUACACAUCCCCGGCAAAGUGAACAUCGCCGACCCGCUGUCGAGACUGCCGGCCUACACGAAGUGCAAGACGUACGAUCAGUUCGGCGAGGAAGCGGUUCUUGCGAUCACACAAAAGGCGGUGCCUACUGCUCUGACAUCGGAGGAAAUCGCAAGCAACACAGUGGCUGAUGUGGUGUUGUCAAGGGUGAAGGAGGCUCUCAAGACCGGCCGCUGGAAUGAAGAAGUGAAGAAGUUUGCGCCGUUCAAAGAAGAGCUCUACUGCUGCAAGGAAAUCCUGCUUCGAGGAGAACGCCUCGUAAUCCCCCAGAGCCUUCAAAAGCGCACUUUGGCGCUUGCCCACAUUGGACACCCGGGAAUAGAACGAUCCAAGCAACGACUUCGCUCCAAAGUGUGGUGGCCAGAGAUCGACAAGGACGUGGAGCAGGCGGUUCGAAAGUGCUUGGAUUGCCAGAUUGUGGGGAGAAUGGCACCACCAGAACCUAUGGCCGUACGACAGCUUCCAUCUAGUCCAUGGGAGUUAAUGAGCAUGGACAUGUUGGGCCCGCUGCCGACCGGUGAGUCGCUGUUAGUAAUUAUCGAUUGCUACAGUCGGUUCCGUGUUAUCGAAGUGUUGAAGCAGACCACAUCGGCUGACAUCAUCGGCAAGCUGAGGCCGUUGUUCAUGAGGAUGGGAAUCCCGUCCGUCCUGAUGAACGACAACGCACGGAACUUCACGAGCAAAGAGAUGCAAGACUUCUGCGAUUCGCUCGGGAUCAGACAACGACGUACCACGCCCUACUGGCCGCAGGCUAACGGGGAGACCGAACGCCAGAACAGAUCGAUACUCAAGAUCCUGAAGAUUGCCGAGCUGAACAAAUCGAACUGGAAGAAGGACCUGGAGGAGUUCAACUAUGCCUACGCCUUGACUCCUCAUCCAGCAACAGGACGUUCACCUGCAGAGCUGGCAUUUGGUCGGCAGUUUCGAGACUGGAUUCCACAAUUGUCUGGUCUCGGAAGUCACGAAGAGGAGGUGGAAGAUAAGGAUAAGAGCUACAAAUACCGUGCCAAGUGCCAAGUGGAUGCUACUAGAGGAGCAAGAGAGUCGUCUAUCGAGCUGGGAGAUCAAGUGCUGAUGAAAAACAUGAACCCGACCAACAAACUGUCUGCUCCGUUUCUACCUCAACCAGCAAAAGUGAUCAGCAGCAGGGAAACUCGGUCGUCGUGGAGACCCCCGAGGGCGUGA